AUGGCUGCCCAACCUCAGUGCGGCACGUUCGCUUCGCGACGAUUUGUGAAUUUCAAUGGGGGUAUCAAGUUUUCUCAAAUCAAGACCAUCUACAGCUUUGGCGAUAGCUGGACCUCCAAUGGAAGAUACGACGGCAGCCCUCCCAGCCCAGCUGUCCGUCAAGGUACUUACCCCUUGUAUGGAAGACGGGCAAGCAAUGGUCCCAUGUGGACCGAAAACCUGGCUUCGGAUCAACGAACCCUCAAGAACUACGCCAUUGGAGGAGCGACUGUUGAUCAUACCUUAUGGAAGACACGGGCGAUGAAAUCAGACAUGGUCGGACAAGUCAACAAAUUUCUAAGCCAGCGACUGCCAAUCGCGUCUGAUUCGAGCUUGGCCACCAUCUUCUAUGGCAUUAACGACUACUCCGCCGCUGCGGAAGGACCAGGCACGUUAGAGCAAGCAGCCAAUAAGCUCUUAACAGAGACAGAAAGGUUGAUUGACGCUGGAGUGAAGCAAUUUAUCGUUGUGUCUCCUUAUUUUAACAGAGCGAGUAUGAACAACUUCAAUAACUUGGUAUGGAAUGGCUUCAAAGCUUUCAAGCAAUCACGGGGGAUAAAGUUUGCCUAUGUAGAUUUGAGUGCUCUUUUCACGGCCAUCUACGCCAAUCCGAGCUCGUUUGGAUAUACGUCGACUGGUGCUUGUCUGAAGUCUGCCAUGACAACCGUUGGAGGAUGUAGUGAUCCGGAUGCCUACUUGUAUUGGAUUCCAUCUCAUCCCCAGUAUCAGACCCAGCGCUUGGAAGCCGACUGGGUUCGUGCUGUCCUCAACAAAUGCCAGGGUUAA